AUGGCCAAUGGUUUUGGUCCCAAGAAGGCGUAUCUCGUCCUCUACAAUGCCGCUUCGGCGGUGGCGUGGGCGACAAUCCUCGGCAGGGUCGCGGUCGUUACAUACCUGAAGGGAGCGCCUCUGGUCCCCCUUGUUGUGAGCGCGUUUGUGCGUGUCACGCAGACUUUUGCUAUCAUGGAAGUCUUGCAUGCUCUGACUGGGAUUGUUCCUGCCCCUUUCUUCACCACCGCCAUGCAGGUUGCGAGCCGACUCUUCCUGAUGUGGGCGGUCUGUUACCCUUUUCCCGAGUUGAACGGCAGCGCCUGGUAUUCUUCGAUGCUUCUCGCCUGGAGCACGACUGAGGUCAUUCGCUACUCAUACUUCGCCCUCAAGCAGUUCGACGCUGUCCCUGGAUGGCUGCAUUGGCUACGCUACAGCGCUUUUCUAAUCCUGUAUCCAAUCGGUAUCAGCAGCGAGGUGGCUAUGACGUUGAAGGCUUUGUUUGGUCCUGCGGCUGAGCUGGCUUGGUGGUACCCGUACGCUCUCGCUGCUGUGCUGCUGUCUUAUAUUCCUGGUUCCCCCGUACUUUACGGCCACAUGCUCAAGCAGCGGAGAAGAUACCUGGGCAGCAGCAAGGCUGCCGAGAAGAAGAGACAAUGA